AUGGGGUGCAAUCUAUUACAACUAUUGUGGAAAUCUUUUCUUCGUCUAAAUCUAUUUAAAAGUCACUCAAGCAAUGCACAAACUAUUGUUUGGGAACAACUUGCAACACGUGUCUAUAUUAUAUCAAUGAUUAGUCUUCUUUUUCUUAUUGCCAUUGUUUCUGCAUGCAUUGUACGAACAGAAAAUGUCAUUGAAUAUUCACCUUCAUAUGUCAAGUUUAUCGAUUUGUGGAAAAAAUAUUCAAAUACUUUGAAAUGUCCAUGUUCGAAGAUUGGCGUUGCUUAUGGAACGUUUGUCAAAACGCACGUUGAUUUUCAUCAAGUAUGUUCAAGUCACUUUGUUACACAAGAUUGGAUCGAUUCAAUAUUUAUUCCAAAGCCUACUUCUUUCCCAACUGUAUUUGAUAUUUGUUUUUAUCUUAGUCAUUUCUGGCAAGUCAUUGCAGGCCUUUGUAGCGUUAGUAAGAAUACUUGGACUGAUGCUAUUUCAAGCUUUGGCCUAUCUCACUUUCUUAGUCCAAUAGCAAUACCCGAUGAGGUUGUCAGAAAUCAAGUUCAAGAAGCACUUAAUAAUCAACUUUCUUUGGCUCAAGCAUCCUUAGUUCGUACUUUGCAUGCUAUUCAAAGAAUAACAUCCGAAAAUCAAUUCGUAUCUGGUUUGUCAACCAAUUUUUAUCUUCGUUAUCCACCAUUGAAUUAUGGAAAUUGGACUUAUCCAAAAAUGUUUCCCGUAGUAUUUGAUGAUUGUUCUUGUUUGAAUAUGACUGGAUGUCCGCGCCCAGCUUUCAUUAAAAUUAGUCAAAAUCGGUCAGUAUCAAUACCGGGAAUGAUUAUUGAUUGUUACAUUGUCGAUAGUACGCUAGCAUCAACAUUAGAAUGUUACUAUAAUUCAACAUGUUUUAAACUUCUGCAUCAACAAUUAACGACAACAGUUAACUUGUUGUCAAACUCUUCGAAUAGACACUUUCUGUUCAAUUCUACUGUCCAAACACUUCUUGAUAAUUCUAUGAUAGAUCAAUGGUAUACUGAAAUAAAAUUUAAUCUAUUUUACAGUGAAUGUGAUCCUACUUAUUGUACUUAUUCAUACAUGCAUCGCUUUUCUAUUUUAUUUAUUAUUACUACAACAGUUGGAGCAUUCGGUACACUUUCGCUUAUACUGCGUCUUAUUGCACCAUUUAUUGCACAAGCUUUCAUUCGGUGGACAACUAGAAUUUCAGAAAAAGAUAACAUACUAGAGAAUGUUGUGAUUUCUCGACGACAUCUGUUGCCAGUUAUGAUGAAUCAUAUUCGACGUUUGCCACACAUAAUCUCUCAAAAACUUAUAAAAUUAAAUCUUUUUGAAAGUGAAACAUCUCGGACAGAAGCAAAUGUCAAACAUGAGAUCUUAUCAACACGACUCUUUAUUAUUACAUUGGUUAUGUGUUCAAUUAUUAUUGGUUUUUAUAUAUUUUUAUCAGAACAAAAUCAAAUGAUGACAAUCAUGCAUCCAUCUCUCGAAACCUAUGAAAAAUUAUAUGCUGAAUAUUCAACUAGCAUACAAUGUCCUUGUGCAAAUUUUUCCAUUCCUCAUGAAGCAUUUCUUAAUGUAACAUUUGUCUUACAUCAAGUAUGUUCAAGUGAUUUAGUUUCAUCCAAUUGGCUCAAUUAUCUGUUAUUAUUCGAUCCAAAUGAUGUACCUAUUUGGACAGAGACAGAUUUUUCACGUGAUUUUCGUUCUAUAGGACUCUGGUAUUUUCAACUUUUGGCUACUUUUUGUUCUUUGGCUCAAGCCAAUAUUGCCGAUGGUCAACGUAUUUUUAAAAAUAGCCUGUUCAUCGAGAAUAAUCUUCUUCCCCAAUCACUCUUCAUUCAAGAAACUAAAACUUUGGCCAAUGCAUUUAUAAAUAAAACAAGAAAUAUUUAUGUACGCACUUUGAAAUGGGUUGAUAUUGCUGGUAUUAUCAAUCGUUUUUUGACUGCAACAAAUGUCAAUUAUCAAAUUACAGUGACGAAUGACAAUCAAGUAAAUAUUAAUGAUGUGCAGAUUAUAGGGAAAGCGUCUAUAACUCAUACGUCUGCGGGCUCCAGUGAUCCAUGUUCGUGUGCAAGAGAUAUUCAUGAAUGCGUUUUGAGACCUAUCUUAUAUACAAAUGGAUCCAGUGUAUUUGAUUUUGUACAAGUUUUUUAUGAGAUAAGGAUUGGCUGCAUGCCUUCAAUUGGAUUCUCGAUGUCUGAAAUUGUCUGGUGGUACAACAAGACCUAUAUGGAAAAUAUUCGAGCAACAUACGCUAUUGUAAUCAAUAAUUCUCAACUUUCGCCACAACUUGAAUCACUAAAUAGUUCAUUACCAACUAAUAUAAGAAAAUUAAAAAUUAUGGAUUUUUUCAUUUUAAUAUAA